AGAAUAAAAAAACAACAACAACAAUAUACUGACAUUAAACAUAAUAAUAAUUAACAACAACAACAAAAAUUAUAAUUAUUAUAUUUAUAGUGAUGCCCCCCCCCCAUCUUGUUUUGAAAACAAAUAACAAAAAAAAAGAGCAAAAAUUAAUCUAACCUAACCUGCUUGUGCACUUGGCACUUGAGUGUUUUGAUACAUCAUCAAUUUGUGAAUAAAAAAAAAGAAAACAAUUUAUUGCCAUUAAAGAAAAAAUAUGACAAGUAGUCAUGAAGACAUAGCAACAACAAUAACAACAACAACAACAACAACAACGAAUAACGUAAUACAAAAUCAAAUGGAUAAUGUUUAUGAAUCAAUGGAUACAAGUGAAUCAAAUAAUAUUGAUACAUUAACUGUCUCAAAUAUAAAUCAACAAAUGACAAAUGAUUCACAGCCAAUAGAUCCUGAUGGUUUUAUCAUAAAUGAUGAUGUUCCAUAUGUCAAUAAUGUGUCAAGGUCAUUAAUUCAAAGUGAUGAUGAUAUUAAUCAUAAUACAAAUACAAAUCAAGUACAAUUAAAUGAUGCAUUAUCACUUGAACGUAUGAAUAAUAAUGUUACAUUUAAUUCAGUUGAUAUAAAUAAUGAUAUAAUACCAAUAACAAAUUGCAAUCAAUCAAUUGGUGAAUUAAAUAUACCAACAACUAGUCAAACUAAAAUACCAUGUAAUAUUAAAAUACCAAUUGAAGGUACCAAAGUAUCUCCAAAAAUAAUUAAGAAAGCUGGUCCAUAUAUACUUGGUCCAUUAAUUGGUACAUCACCUGUUCAAAGUAUUGUACAAUGUUUAGCUAAAAAAACAGAUACAAAUAAAUUUUAUACAAUUAAAAUAUUAACACUUAAAGAUAAUAAUGAAUAUGAAACACAAGAUGAUAGACAAGGUAAAAUGUUACUACAUGCUGAAUAUUCAUUAUUAAGUUUAUUAAAAAAUCAAAAUGGUGUUGUUCAACAUCAUGGAUUUUUUAAAGAUUGUGCAUUAAGUGAAAAAACAUUAUCAAAUGGUAAAAGAAUAUAUACUGGUAAAUUAAAAAAACGUUUAUGUUUAGUACUUGAUUGUUUAACAUCACAUGAUUAUAAUCCAAUAAAUAGUGAUUUAUUAAAUCUUCAACAUCAUGUUAUUAGAGAAAAAAAAUUAUGUGAAAAAGAAAGUUUAUUAAUAUUUAUUGAUACAAUUAAAAUAAUUGCUGAAUUACAUAAAAAAAAUAUUGUACAUAGAGAUAUUAAAUUAGGUAAUUUAAUAUUAAAUCGUAAAACAAGAAAAGUAACAAUAACAAAUUUUUGUUUAGGUAAAUAUUUAUCAAGUGAAAAUGAUUUAUUAAAAGAUCAACGUGGUUCACCAGCAUAUAUAUCACCAGAUGUAUUAUGUGGUAAACCAUAUUUAGGUAAACCAUCAGAUAUGUGGGCAUGUGGUGUUGUAUUAUUUACAAUGCUUUAUGGACAAUUUCCAUUUUAUGAUAGUAAUCCAACUCAAUUAUUUAUACGUAUUAAAGCUGCUAAUUUUUUUAUACCAAAUGAUGGUAGAGUAUCAAAUGGUACUAUUAAUUUAAUACGUAAUUUACUUGUAUUACAACCAAAUCAACGUUUAACUGCAAUACAAGUAUUAGAUUCAUUAUCAACAAUUAUUGGUACAUUAAAAAUACCUAAAAUUAUUGGUGAAGAAGAACAAGUUGUUCCUGAUAUUAAUGACAUUGAAAAUAAUAAAUCUAAAAAUAAUAAUAGCAGCAGCAGUAACAGUCAAGGAUAUAAAAGCUUUGAAACAAGACCAUUAUCUGAUUUUAUUAAACACAAUUCAACACAAUUUCAACAACAAGAUAAAAAUAAUCAAAAAAUUAAUAAUAAUAAUAAUCAUCAUCUUCAAACACCAAGUCCAUUGGUAUCAAGAGGUAGACCAUACAGACAAAUUCCAGUUUAUAGAAUUGAUACUGAUCCAAGAGAGCUAACACAAGUUGAAUUAGAAAGAUAUGAACAUCUUAUACCACGUGAUAAUUCAUCAGCAAGACAACAUAUUAAUAACUCACAGUCAUCAACAGUUAGACGUGAUGGAAUUGCUGGACGUACACGUACAACAGCAUCAACAGCAUCAAGAUAUCAUAGACCAGUACAAUCAAACCCAACAACAACAACAACAACAACAGCACAAGAUUCAUCACAACAACAGCAACAACAACAACAUGCUGUGUCAAGAAUUAUACAAAAUCCAAUAGAUUCAGUUCAAAUGAUUAAUAACUCGUCAUUGAAUUUGGAUUAUCCAUUAGUAUGGAAUAAUAUACCAUCAAAUAAUGAUUCAAUUAAUCCAGCUGAAAUAAUAAAUCAGAAUUUAACAACAACAGCUAGUGAUUUACCAGCACCUUUAGUGAGUGAUUCAUUUAUUGGAAUAAUAAAUCCAUCAAAUUCAGCUAGCCAAUCUUUAAAUUCUUCAAAUGUUAAUCAACUUGGUGAUAGACAAACGAGAAAUUUAGUUAGAGAUAUAGCUAUUCAAUCAUCAAUUGAAAGAUUUGAUAAUUCAAUAAGACAAAAUUCAUCAUCAUCGUCAUCGUCAUCAUCAUUAGCAUCAACAAGAGCUACAAGAAUAUCACAAAUGAGAUCAAGAGAACAACAUGCUAGAAUGGUAUCAAUGGCAUUACGUGCUUGUUUAACAAAUCAAAAUAAUAAUCAAAGAACAACAAAUGAUACUGGAACAUCACCAAUUGUUGGUAUUAGUAAUAGAUCUGUUCCUGAUAUUGAAACAAGAAAUAAUCAAUCAAGAUUUCGUGAAGUUAUGGUUGAUCGUUUAAUAUCUCUACGUGUAAGAAUGCAACAAAAUAGAAUUGAUAAUAUUGAAAGAGAAAUGAAUGCAAGAAAUAAUUUUAUAUCAACUUUAAAUACAAAUAAUAAUAAUAUAAGAAGAUCAACACCACCAAGAAGAUCAACAAUUGGAACAAAUAGACAUACACCAUAUUCAUCACAUUUAAGAUAUUCAAUUAGACCAAAUCAUAAUGUAACAAUUGAUUCUUCAACUUCUCAAAUUAAUGCAAUUCAACGUAAUACUAAUCAAACAACAACAACAACAACACCAACAACAACUGAUAGAUCAUCUCCAAUUAGUUUUGAAAAUGCAUUACAAAGAUUGGCCAAUCGACUUAGAACAUCUUCACAAGCUCCAACAUCAAGAAGACCACCACCAACAACAAAUGAAUCUAAUGAUUCAUCAAAUUCAUCUAAUCAAAGACACUUGAAUUAAAUUUUAUAUUUUUUUUUAAGUAAAAAAAAAACAAGCAUGCAUAUUUUAAAAAUUAAAAACAUAAAUUAUUUAUACAUAUUGAUUGAUUAUCUAUUGAUAAAAAAUUUUUUAAAAUACUUUUGUAUAAUAAUUGUUGAAAUAUUUCGUACUUUUUAGUAAUUAAUUUUUAAUAAUUACUAUUAGUUAAUAAAAAUUAUUAAUAAUAAUAUCAAAA